CCGGAAAUGAGGUCAGAGAGGGAAGCCCCGGUGGGGAGACUCGGCCGCAAAAGCCGCGGCCGUCGGAGGUGGCUGCGGCAGCGGAUGUGGCCUCAUGGAUGAGCUGGUACAUGACUUAGCCUCAGCCUUGGAGCAGACAUCUGAGCAGAAUAAGCUUGGUGAGCUGUGGGAGGAGAUGGCGCUGAGCCCUCGGCAGCAGAGGCGGCAGCUUCGCAAACGGAGAGGCCGGAAGCGCCGUUCAGACUUCACUCACCUGGCAGAGCAUACCUGCUGCUACAGUGAGGCCUCUGAGUCAAGUCUGGAUGAGACCAUCAAGGACUGUCGAGAAAUGGCCCCAGUCACCAAUUUUAGUGACUCUGAUGACACUAUGGUAGCCAAACGGCACCCAGCUCUUAACGCCAUUGUUAAGAGUAAGCAACAUUCUUGGCAUGAAUCGGACUCCUUUACUGAAAAUGCGCCUUGUCGACCGCUCAGGCGCCGGCGGAAGGUGAAGCGCGUAACAUCAGAGGUGGCUGCCAGCCUUCAGCAGAAGCUCAAGGUGUCAGAUUGGAGCUAUGAGAGAGGCUGCCGGUUCAAGUCUGCGAAGAAGCAGCGUCUGUCCCGCUGGAAGGAGAAUACUCCCUGGACCUCAUCAGGUCACGGGUUGUGUGAAGCAGCAGAAAAUAGGGCUUUCCUAAGCAAAACGGGAAGGAAAGAAAGGAUGGAGUGUGAAGCAGAUGAACAAAAACAGGGCUCUGAUGAGAAUAUGUCAGAAUGUGAAACCAGCAGUGUGUGUAGCAGCAGUGACACAGGGCUCUUUACCAACGAUGAAGGACGGCAAGGGGAUGACGAGCAGAGUGAUUGGUUCUAUGAAGGAGAAUGUGUCCCAGGAUUCACUGUCCCUAAUCUUCUGCCCAAGUGGGCUCCUGACCAUUGCUCUGAAGUAGAGAGAAUGGAUUCUGGACUGGAUAAACUUUCAGAUUCCACAUUCCUUUUACCUUCUCGGCCAGCUCAAAGAGGGUACCAUGCUCGCUUUAAUCGUCUGCCUGGAGCUGCAGCUCGAUGCCUCAGAAAGGGGCGAAGAAGGCUUGUUGGGAAGGAGUCCAGCAUGAGUAAUUUGGGAACUGAGAGGAUAAGCCACCUCAUUAGUGACCCUCGGCAGAAAGAAAAGAAUAAAGCGUUGGCUUCUGAUUUUCCUCACAUUUCUGCUUGUGCACAUGAGUUUAAUCCUCUUUCUCCCCUUUACUCCCUGGAUGUUCUUGCUGAUGCUUCUCACCGAAGAUGUUCACCAGCACACUGCUCUGCCAGACAGGCAAACAUACACCUGGGACCGCCAUGUUCACGUGACAUCAAGAGGAAACGGAAACCUGUGGCUACAGCAUCUCUGUCCAGCCCAAGUGCCAGUAAUUAUAUAUUUCACAUGGACGCAGCGGAGCCAACCAUAGCAGCAUCACAGGCCCCCAAAUCUCCAAACUCUGAGUGGUUGGUCAGGACCUCUGCUGCAGAGAAAACCACUGACUCAACUGCAGCUACAUUUUUUAAAAUGCCACAAGAAAAGAGCCCUGGAUACAGCUAGACAGCAGAAUUUCACCCACCAAGAGACGACUGGAUGUUGUUGAAACAAAUAUUAGACUUUGUAUUAUAUUGUCUUGCAUAUCUUAAUUGACAUUCCCAGUCCUUUCGCCACCAGGACUGACUCCUCUUCAAAGAAGUGGACUCUUUCUCUUAGAAAAUCAUAUUGUGAAAAUCUUUUUCUUUUUUUUAAUUGUAAAAUAUUAGGACAGCAAUUUUUUUAAAAAAGGUCAUCCUAUGCUAUAUUUGUUACAUUGCUAUUGCUGUCCCAACAGUUACCUACAGCUCUGUUUACAGAGCUGUUGCUCUUUUGCAGGUAUGUCUUUUUUCUUGAAGAACUAGUAACUGCUUUUGCAUAUUUUUUGUGUAGAGCUUUUAAUACCAUUUGAGGAAGUUCCAAAUUUGCAGCCAGUUCCAGACAAAGUUAAACACAGAUUUAAGAUCUGUGUGUGGAAUUGUUUGCAGGAGAUAAGGCUUGCCUUUGAGCAUGGUUUUGAUUCAAGCAGAGUGCCAAUAAGAUAAAUCCACCAAGUACUCAAUUUGGAGCCUCAGAAGAGACUACCAGCAGCAUGGGCCUUGGAAACUUACUCCAUUUUUCUAGAUGGCCUGUUGGAAUCGCCAGCAGCUGCAUUGUACUUUGCCUCAUCUCCAAAGUCUGUGUUCUACUGAAAGAGGACCUAUAUAUAUACACAUACAGAUUGGUGUCAUGAAGAAGGUGCUUUAGGUGUACAGCAAAUUUAAAAUAGUGGAUUGUGUCUUAAUACUUCAUGUUGCGGUGUAAGCCUUUAUGUACUAAACAAGACUUUUAUUGUUCGUAUUAUAGGUCAAUAACCUGUAGCAGAAAUUCAUACUCUAUUAUAAUAAUGGCUUUUUGAGGCCAUUCUUUGGGGAGGAAAAAUAUCUUUUUGACAUGCCUUUAUACUUGGUAUGUUUAUGACGGCUCAGCUGCAUGAAGAGUUAUAUAUACAGCCAUGCCUCAAGUUGGAUGCUCCUUUGUCAAAAUGAGGAAUAAGUGACUGCCUAGAGCUUCUGAAGAAAAGCUACCCUUUCUAAAAAAAAGUAUUAUCAAGAGUGUCUGUCGUUGAGGGACCUGGUUGGCAGAAGGGCUCUUUUUUGUACAAAUUGAAUGCUUUUACUCUGAGAUACACAGAAGCCGUUCUCAAGUGUCCGCUGCUCUUGUGACAUUCUAGAGGAACUCCCACCCCUGCACCUGGUAGGACAGAGCCUCCUUUCCCUGAAGCGCAGUUGUCCUUCUUUCUCACACAGAAUUUAAUGGUGGGCUGCUCUGUCGUAUUCCUUUAAAAAUUGUUGUCCUUAUCAGUGGUAGCUCCAGAAUGUCCUUGUCAGUGGGGUGGGUGUGAAUCUGGUGGGAAAGGGGAACUGGAAGCUAAGUUUACAUAGUACUUUAUGUAAGACUGAGAACAUGGCAGUUGUCCACAACAAGGAACAUGGUGGAGGGAGGGGCGGGUGGAGAUUAUGGCGUGAGAAGUAGUGCUAAAGCCAGCCCAGCAUCCCUGGGAGCCACCCAGGUUCUUGUGCAGUAGCGAGUGUACGUCCCUUCCUAUGGCUGUACCCAUAGCAGAAUAGAAAACAUAAUGUCUGUUGAAUAUAAAGUGGUUCUACUCAGUUGUUUUAGUGAUGAAGGUAUCUUUUUGUUGUAAUAUGUGCAUUCUUACCUAGUCCCUAUAGUGUCCCGAGGCAUACAUUUCUAACAUAAUUUGUUGGAUUUAAGGGAGAAAUUCAUGAACAUAAUAAGUUUAUUUUCUUUGCACUAAGCUCCAUGGCUCAUUCAAAGAUCAGUCCUGUGAUCAUGGCCUGUUAAGACCUCUGUAGGUCGGGUAACAUCUUUUUCUUCAUGACAUGUAGCCUAAUAAUUCUCCUUUCUACCUGCGGUUAAAAAUCACUUAUAUGUACAACUUUAUUUACAUUUUAAACAUCUGUGAUGUAAAGGUAGGUGAUUGCUACCAUUUUAUAGAGUCAAGAACAGUCUUAGUGACUUGCCCCAAAUCUCAUAAUCAAGUCAAGACUAAAAUCCCAGACUUACAGACUUUCUUGGCCCUGGGUUAUAGUCUUUUGAUUGUCAUUGAUAGACCUGAGUCACUCUGAGACUCAUAUUUUUGAAACAGUAACUCUGAGACUCAUAUUUUUGAAACAGUAUGCCAGAUAAACAGCAUGUUUAUCAUCUUUCUUGAUCAAGCUUUCCUACAUAUUUUGAAUACUUUCAACAGGGAGCAACCCAAAAUGCCAUAUCUGUAAUAAGUAGGAGAGAAAAUUAAUUGCCUAAGAGAAUAGCCAUUGAGCACACAAAUAUUUUUCCAAUACAAGGUUGUAAAUUGUGCUCCUUAUUUUAAGCUGCUGCAUGAGCAUGCUUACAGAAUUAUUCACCGACUUAUUCUGCUUGUUUUUUAUAUGAGUCCAUUCCAGAGGAAUACUCUUAGAAUCAAGUGUAUUUUGAAUCUUAAAUUUUAAAUUUCCUUUUUAUAUGGCAAAGUGUAUAAUGUCAUAAAUUAAGAAAAAUCUGUUACCUUUCAACAAAAGGUAUAAUUUCAAAAUCAGGUUUUGAAAUCUGUUGAAAAAAAAUUAUAGCUUGACUUCUUUUGAGGAUAAUCAUUGAGCUCACAUGUGUUUGAUCUGCUCAAAAGUAAUAACUGAAGCAGAGUUCCACAGUUCUUCCUAAUUUCAGGAUUCUGAUUUAUCCCAGCUUGCUGUCCAGUCUGCCUGUCUAAAUCCUAAUCUUGGGUAUUUUUCACAGUGGGCAAAAACAUUAUGUACUUGCAUGAGCAUCAUUCAUAAAGGAUAGUUUUGCUUACGGAUUUAAGGGAAUUUGAGAUUAUUUUUCAGGUGCAGUAUUUUAAAGGGAACAACUUCAUUUGCAUCAAAACUUGUGUUGCUUUUUGGUAAGAACUGUUCAGAAGGGGAAAUUAGUAGCUGUUUACAUGGCGCCAAGUUUGGAGGGGCAGAGUAUGAUCUUUAUUGAGUGGUGUGUUCUCGAUAAAUAGGCCUCAUUUAGCCUUGAAUUCUUUAGAAAUCAAAUGCAAUUGGAAAUUUCAGAUGACAAAGUUUUGCUGGGCUAUAGAAACAGGCUGCAAAUAAGGCCAUUUUGGCAACAAAAUGACCAAAAGCUGAAAUAAAGCUUCUUAAUCUGUGAUGCUUAUGGCAUCCUUUGCUAAGUAAAGCUCAAUACCUAGGAGAGGUAAUUUAAACUACUUCUGAAUCCCAAAUAGAUGAAUCUGACAUAUCUCUGUACUUUGGAACCAGAAAUGCAGUGUAGAUCACAGCAUAGCAAGUUCUGAUGCUAAAAGUACAGGAGCAGAGUUAUCAUAGCAGUAAGUCAUUUAGAGGUGAACGAGUCUCAGAGUGUCACAUGAGGAAGGAGCUAGGUGGCACUGUCAUUGCUGGUGUGAUAGGUUCUCCACUUCGGCUCCAGGAAAAGGCUCCUGGUGAUGCCUGAUUCAUUUCAAGUCUUUGCUUUAUUUUGGCUUCACUACCAUGAUUCUGAGCCACAAGCUUUUUUAUUUCCUGGGGAUUAGGCUGUGUAAGAAUUCAGCAUUAGCCAUAUUCAGCAUUCUGUAUAUUUGGUGAACCUUAUCCGAGCUGGGAUGAGAACAGAGUGGCUUUCUCUAGCAGCAGUGGAUACAGUCUAGUUGGGGGCAUAGCUUAUAGGCUGUAUCAUGGUUCAUGGGAUGGUGGGAGGGGUGGUAGAAGCAGUUUGCUCUUGCUGUCAGCUGCUUCCUUUGCUAAUGUUUGAGCUGCCCAUUUUACUUGUCAGUAUUUCCUUAUCUCCCUCUCCAGUUGUGACAGUUAGUGUAGUUACUGAUAGUGACAGCAAUCAGGUUGGGUUCAUACCCCAUGAGAGAACUGGCACAGAGGAAAAAAGGUGAGGAAAUUGGUGGGUUCUGCUAUUAGCACUAAACGCAAGUGGCCCAGACAUGCUUUCAUUAAGAUCACGAAACAGAUGAACAUCAAGAUCACGAAACAGAUGAACAUCAAAUGCCUGGAAAUAGCAACAUUGAAAAGAAACAAAGGAAAUUGAGUGAUCUUGCCGAAGAGUGUGGAUUAGAAGGUUUUUAACAAGCCCAGCAAAACAAACUUAUGGCCAAAAGAAGAAAUUUUCCUGCCACUGCCCUGCACUGCACUUGGUAAAAUUGCCAAAUGUGGGGAAUAAAAAAAAUUUUCAAGUACAGUAUUGAAGAAUGGGGCAGAUCCUGAAGAUGUUCACCAAGGAAAGGAAUCUUGGCAAGGUUCAGACUGGGAAGGCAAGGGGAAGAGAAGGAGAUGCUUAGAGCAGGGGUGCUAGGGCCCCGAGAUCGACAGCAUCCAUACAUUCUUCCCCCUCCAGAUCUGCUGAAUCAGAAACUCUGAGGGUGAGGCCCAGCAGUCUUUUACCAGCCCUCCAGGGGACUUGAUGUUUAAGAACGAUGCACAAUGAUGUUUAAGAACCGCAGGCUUUGCCACAGUUAAAAAGAAGUGUUUUAAUAUACUGGUGUCCCCCCCAAGCUCUGAGGUGCUCUUAUACUUUCCUCCAUAAGUAUGGAGAUGUUUUGUGUAUGGUUCUUUGCAGAAACUGUUAAAUGUCUUUAUUUCCCAUAUUUUUCCCCUCAAGUUCCUGAAAGAUCUCCUGGAAAUAUUGAGAAAGGAUGAUGUGGAGAAAAAUGCCAUUGAGGCCAUUUUUAGGUGGAUAGAAACAACCUUUUAAAAGUGGAUUAAAAUAUAACAAUGGAUUUUUAGUCUGUGAGUGAUCAUUGCUUUUCACAACCGACAGUAAAACAUUUGUGUAAGAUACUGCCAUCCAUGAUUUUAUGAUACCUGUUCAUUACAUCUUAGUUUCAUGGGAAAAUGUCAUAUAUUUUCCAGCAUCAUAAUGAUGAAGUCUUUAAAGUAUGGCUCACAAAAAUGAAAAAAAUAAUUGGAAGAAAAAAACACCCUGAGUACAUAGCUAUUGUGUAAUAAACACCUGUUGAAUUA